GGGCGCUGCUUGGGCCAAGGCCAUGGCUCCGCGGUUGCAGCUGGAGAAGGCGGCCUGGCGCUGGGCGGAGACGGUGCGGCCCGAGGAGGUGUCGCAGGAGCACAUCGAGACAGCCUACCGCAUCUGGCUGGAGCCCUGCAUCCGAGGCGUGUGCAGACGAAACUGCAAAGGAAAUCCAAAUUGCCUGGUUGGGAUUGGUGAGCAUAUUUGGCUAGGAGAAAUAGAUGAAAAUAGUUUUCAUAACAUCGAUGAUCCCAACUGUGAGAGGAGAAAAAAGAACUCAUUUGUGGGCCUGACUAACCUUGGAGCCACUUGUUAUGUUAACACAUUUCUUCAAGUGUGGUUUCUCAACCUGGAGCUUCGGCAGGCACUGUACUUAUGUCCAAGUACCUGUAGUGACUACGUGACAAGAGAUGGCGUCCGAGAGGAGAAAGAUUAUGAGCCUCAGACAAUUUGUGAGCAUCUCCAAUACCUGUUUGCUUUGCUGCAAAACAGCAAUAGACGAUACAUUGAUCCUUCAGGAUUUGUGAAAGCCUUGGGCUUGGACACUGGGCAACAGCAGGAUGCUCAGGAGUUUUCUAAGCUCUUUAUGUCUCUGUUGGAAGAUACAUUGUCUAAACAAAAGAAUCCAGAUGUGAGGAACAUUGUGCAGCAGCAGUUCUGUGGGGAGUACGCAUAUGUAACUGUUUGCAAUCAGUGUGGCAGAGAAUCUAAGCUUUUAUCAAAGUUCUAUGAACUGGAGUUAAAUAUCCAAGGCCAUAAACAGUUAACAGAUUGUAUCUCAGAAUUUUUAAAGGAAGAAAAAUUAGAAGGAGACAAUCGAUACUUUUGUGAAAAUUGUCAAAGCAAACAGAAUGCUACGAGAAAGAUUCGACUCCUUAGCCUUCCUUGCACUCUGAACUUGCAGCUCAUGCGUUUUGUCUUUGACAGGCAAACUGGACAUAAAAAAAAGCUGAAUACCUACAUUGGCUUCUCAGAAAUUUUGGAUAUGGAGCCUUAUGUGGAACAUAAAGGUGGCUCUUACGUGUAUGAGCUCAGUGCGGUUCUCAUACAUAGAGGAGUGAGUGCUUAUUCUGGCCACUACAUUGCCCAUGUGAAAGAUCCACAGUCUGGCGAAUGGUAUAAGUUUAAUGAUGAAGACAUAGAAAAGAUGGAGGGGAAGAAAUUGCAGCUAGGGAUUGAGGAAGAUCUAGCAGAACCUUCCAAGUCUCAGACACGGAAACCGAAGUGUGGCAAAGGAACACAUUGCUCUCGGAAUGCGUACAUGUUGGUUUAUAGACUGCAAACCCAAGAAAAGCCCAACACCACAAUUCAAGUCCCAGCUUUUCUUCAAGAGCUGGUAGAUCGCGAUAAUUCCAAGUUUGAGGAGUGGUGCAUUGAAAUGGCUGACAUGCGUAAGCAAAGUGUGGAUAAAGGAAAAGCAAAGCAUGAAGAAGUUCAGGAGCUGUACCAAAGGUUACCUGCUGGAGCUGAGCCCUAUGAGUUUGUCUCUCUUGAAUGGCUGCAGAAGUGGUUGGAUGAAUCCACACCUACCAAGCCUAUUGAUAAUCAUGCUUGCCUGUGUUCCCAUGACAAGCUUCAUCCAGAUAAAAUAUCGAUUAUGAAGAGAAUAUCUGAGUAUGCAGCUGACAUUUUCUACAGCAAAUAUGGAGGAGGUCCAAGACUAACUGUGAAAGCCUUGUGCAAAGAAUGUGUAGUAGAACGUUGUCGUGUGUUACGUCUAAAGAACCAACUAAAUGAAGAUUAUAAAACGGUUAACAACCUCCUGAAAGCAACAGUAAAGGGCAAUGAUGGAUUUUGGGUGGGAAAAUCCUCCUUGCGGAGUUGGCGCCAGUUAGCUCUGGAACAACUAGAUGAGCAAGAUGGUGACGCAGACCAAAGCAACGGGAAGGUGAAUGGCAGCAGCUUCAGUAAAGAUGAAUCAAAGGAAGAAAGAAAAGAAGAGGAGGAGGAAUUAAAUUUUAAUGAAGACAUUCUGUGUCCACAUGGGGAGUUAUGCAUAUCUGAAAAUGAAAGAAGGCUCGUGUCUAAAGAGGCUUGGAGCAAACUACAGCAGUACUUCCCAAAGGCCCCUGAGUUUCCAAGCUACAAAGAAUGCUGCUCCCAGUGCAAGAUUUUAGAAAGAGAAGGGGAAGAAAAUGAAGCCUUACAUAAGAUGAUUGCAAAUGAGCAAAAAAGUUCUCUUCCGAAUUUGUUCCAAGACAAAAACAGACCAUGUCUUAAUAACUGGCCAGAGGACACGGAUGUCCUCUAUAUUGUGUCACAGUUCUUUGUAGAAGAAUGGCGGAAAUUUGUGAGAAAGCCUGCGAGGUGUAGUCCUGUAUCAUCAGUAGGAAAUAGCGCCCUUCUCUGUCCCCAUGGGGGACUCAUGUUUACAUUUGCUUCCAUGACCAAAGAAGAUUCUAAACUUAUAGCUCUCAUAUGGCCCAGCGAGUGGCAAAUGAUACAAAAGCUCUUUGUUGUGGAUCAUGUAAUUAAAAUCACAAGAAUUGAAGUGGGAGAUGUAAACCCUUCAGAAACACAGUAUAUUUCUGAGCCUAAACUCUGUCCAGAAUGCAGAGAAGGCUUACUAUGUCAGCAGCAGAGAGAUCUGAGAGAGUAUACUCAAGCCACCAUCUAUGUCCACAAAGUUGUGGACAACAAAAAGGUGAUGAAGGAUUCAGCUCCUGAGUUGAAUGUGAGUAGUUCUGAAACAGAGGAGGACAAGGAAGAAACCAAACCAGAUGGAGAAAAAGAUCCAGAUUUUAAUCAAAGCAAUGGAGGAACGAAACGGCAAAAAAUCUCUCAUCAGAAUUACAUAGCCUAUCAAAAGCAAGUCAUUCGGCGGAGCAUGCGACAUCGAAAAGUUCGCGGUGAGAAAGCACUUCUGGUUUCAGCUAAUCAAACCCUAAAAGAAUUGAAGAUUCAGAUCAUGCAUGCAUUUUCAGUUGCUCCUUUCGACCAGAAUUUGUCAAUUGAUGGAAAGAUUUUAAAUGAUGACUGUGCCACCCUGGGAACCCUUGGUGUCAUUCCUGAAUCUGUCAUUUUGUUAAAGGCUGAUGAGCCAAUUGCAGAUUAUGCUGCGAUGGAUGAUGUCAUGCAAGUUUGUAUGCCAGAAGAAGGGUUUAAAGGUACUGGUCUACUUGGACAUUAAGCUUUGGACACUUGCUGGCUGCAAAGAAAUUACCAGAGGGGAAGAGGAGCUUGACAUGUUAGGGCAUUAAAGCAAAGGUGGAUUUAAGAAUUAGACCAUCAUGUGACUCUUCCAAAAGGCAAAAAUCCAUUCUAAAGUGACUGUCCCAAAUGCCUUAUGUCAAAUAAAGCAGAUUGCACUGAUGGACAUCAGACUUGAAGGAAAUGUUUCAGAUUUUAUAUUUAAAGGGGAGGUAGUGAAAGGUCGGGGGUGAGUUUAGUAGCAGUGAUGAUGAAUCAUGUUUACAUACAAGAUUUCUAGUCAAGGGAGGGAAUAAUGUUCUGUUAGAGUUCCACGCCAGACCCCACUGGUCCAUAAAGAAUUUGUAUCACAGUAGCUGGGACAACAUUCUGCUCUGAACUAAGUGAUUCUCUAGAGACAUAACUUGCUUACCAAUACCUGUCUUUGAUUCAUAUUCGACUUCCAAUAAAGCAUGAAAAUGAAGAACUGC